GUGAGCCCGGCGGAGAGAGGAUGCCGGGGGCCGGGAACGGCAGCAGGAGCCUGGCCGCUCAACUCUUUAUCCUUGUCCUUUCUUCUUUUGCCGUUCUGGCUCCAGAGGCAAACCCGGACGCGAAGCGACUCUAUGACGACCUCAUCUCCCGAUACAACAAACUCGUCCGACCCGUAAUCAAUGUUUCGGAAGCUCUCACAGUAUCCAUCAAGCUCAAGCUCUCACAGCUCAUCGAAGUCAACCUCAAGAAUCAAAUCAUGACAACAAAUCUUUGGGUGGAGCAGUAUUGGAACGACUACAAGCUCACUUGGGAUCCGAGGGAGUACGGAGGGGUGGACAUGCUUCAUGUGCCAUCUGACCAUAUAUGGAGGCCUGACAUCGUCCUCUAUAAUAAUGCUGACGGAAAUUUCGAGGUGACCUUGGAGACAAAAGCUCAACUGGACAACAGGGGGGCCAUUCAGUGGAAACCUCCGGCUAUCUACAAGAGCUCCUGCGAAAUCGACGUGGAAUACUUCCCGUUCGACGAGCAGACGUGUCUCAUGAAGUUCGGCUCAUGGACCUACGAUGGAUUUAAGGUGGAUCUCCGGCACAAGGACGAGGUCGAGGGCACCAACCUCGUGGAGGUGGGUAUCGACCUCAGCGAGUUCUACCUGAGCGUGGAAUGGGACAUCCUGGACGUGCCCGCUGUACGGCACGAGAAGUUCUACACGUGCUGUGAGGAGCCGUACAUCGACAUCACUUUUAACAUCAGCAUGCGCCGAAAAACGCUCUUCUACACGGUCAACCUCAUCAUCCCGUGCAUGGGCAUAUCCUUCCUGACUGUGCUCGUAUUCUACCUGCCGUCGGACUCGGGCGAGAAGGUGUCGCUCUCAAUCUCCAUCCUGCUCUCGCUCACCGUCUUCUUCCUGCUGCUGGCGGAGAUCAUCCCGCCCACGUCACUAGUCGUGCCCCUUCUCGGAAAGUACCUCCUGUUCACCAUGAUCCUGGUCACUCUGUCCAUCUGCGUCACGGUCGUCGUCCUCAACGUCCACUUCAGGACGCCUUCGACUCAUAAGAUGGCACCAUGGGUGAAACGGGUUUUUUUGCAUCUCCUUCCGAGACUCCUGCUGAUGCGGAGGCCAGCCUAUCCUGAUGAUGCCCCAAAGGUAAUGGUUCGCACCUGCAACGGCACCGAACUCCAGUCUGGGGAGUAUGCAGGGAGUGGCACCCGCUGUCCCAGCUACGACGACCUCCCCCACUACAGUGGCUGCCGAAUCCAUGGGCCGCCCAAGGAGGAGGAGCCACCGCCGCCCCGCCGCCUGCAUUUCUGUCCCGACUUGCAACGGGCCAUGGAGUCCGUGCACUACAUCGCAGACCACACACGGAGGCAGGAGGACCAGAUGAGCCAGGUGAAAGAGGACUGGAAGUACGUGGCCAUGGUGCUGGAUCGCCUCUUCCUCUGGAUCUUCUCGGUGGCCGUCCUCGUCGGCACUUGCGGGAUCAUCCUGCACGCGCCCACCCUCUACGACACAAGGGAACCCAUCGACAUGAUGAUGUCAGAGGUCGCUAUGGCAACCUUCCACCACCACAAGGGGCACCUUACCUGACAUCUUUGGCUCGUCAUCUUUGGUGAACAGAGGACCCACUCUCGCUUACACGAUUGCGCCAAGCUGUAUUUCUAUUGUGUGCCCUCGCACUGUCAGCCAUUUUGUCCCCAAAGGCUCUUGGGGAGAGUUGUAAUAUCAGACGAUGCAUUGUGGCUUGUCCUUAGAGGCCGUUCAUGAUCAUCAGUGAUGCAUUUACAGCGGAAAAGGUGGUAACACUCUUAAGCAACGCAUAUAGCGGGAUUGGUUUAAUUAGUUACCAACGUUGACUAGAAAAAUUCAUUCAUAUAAAACACGAAUAUUACUACCGCAAAAAAAAAAAAAAAGAACUAGAGUCUCCGAUUCAGUUUAUAUUGUUUGUGUUUUUCAUCAUUGCUAGCGCCAGCUUUUGACUAAACGCAUAUUGAAAAGGUACCUAAUUACAAAAAAAAAACUUAAACACGUUUUAUAAAAAUAUCAUCUAUUGCAAAUGUUAAAACCUCAGCUAAAUUACAUUAACAUGAAAACCGCACUUCAUUCUCUACCCUAUAAAUGGACAUGCAUAAAUUUCACUCGAAGUCACUGAGCUGGAUUACAAUUAAAAUGACGAUUUCA